UGUGGGAUCAACCAUAAAGCCUGACGCAACCUCGAUAAUGAACACAUCUUCAUUGAAAUACAGUAAUGAAACGCUCAAAGGUGUAAUAUCUCUUUCGGGAACAAAAAUUAUCAAAGGGGAUUUGCAGAUCAGGCUGCCAAAUUACCAUAGAGACAGUCAAAUCAAGGCUUGCAUUUCAGAAAACAAUCCAUAUCAUUUAGAGCAAGCUCGAAAUUGUCAAAAUUACACGCAGUUAGCCAUUGAUCUCAUAGAUGGUCACCCCGGAACUACCUCCUUAUGCAGCGUCUUCAAUUUUUUGGAAGAUAUUCUUACAUAUGUAAAGCAGGCACAGAUGGCCUUUAACUCUCCAUCCGAAGCAAAGUCGUUUCCGUAUCGCGUGUGCCAACCUAAACAUUUUACGCCUCCAUUACCGGAAGACUUGGUCGUCGAGAUAUCCAUCGACCAUAUCCAUGUCCUCUGCAACGUAUAUGCAUUGGAGUUACAUCAGCACCUUAAAUCCGAUAAAUAUAUACCUUACAAAGACAAAUUUGCCACAGUGCUAGACGAGUGCCGAGUUCGAACACAGUCCCCACUGCUCACGAAUAUUGCCGCAUCGUUAACAAAAGCGGCGGAUAUCUGUAGCGAAUUUCAGCUAAAGUUAAUCCAAAUCAGCGCUAUACAGGAAUGAAGCAUUCUUUGUAUGCAUAAAGUACACACAAUCCAAUUUUCUACAACGUUGAGUAAAGGAAGUAGGCUUAAAUAAAUUCUAUGUAGUAUUUUUAUUUGGGAAUCUUAAAAACAUCAUUUCCCUUCAAUAAUCCUCCCAACCCUACGGAAUCAGUGUUAAAAAGCAACUCAUCAUUC